AUGGAGGAAGAAAAGCGAUAUGAGAUUCGUCUAACAUCAUCUUUAGAUGUUGCAAGAUUUCUUAUAUAUCAAGGGCAGCCUUUUCGUGGAGACGAUGAGAGUUGUACUUCCCUCAACAAGGGUUCUAAAAAUUGCCAGAUGAUAUCUCCAGAUAUACAAAAGGAUCUUGCAAAAGCUUGUGCAGAGGAAGUCACAGCUGUCAGUAUGGAUGAGAUUCGAAGUAGAAAAUUCUCAGUGCUUAUUGAUGAGUCCCGGGAUGAAUCAAUAAAAGAGCAAAUGGCAGUCAUUCUAAGGUUUGUGAAUGACAAAGGGCAAGUGGUGGAGAGAUUUCUUGGACUUCAGCAUGUUCAGAGUUGUACAGCUAUUGCAUUGAAAGAAGCUUUGGUUGAUAUGCUUUCAAGUCACAAUUUGUCUAUCUCUAUGCUUCGUGGGCAAGGGUAUGAUGGAGCUUCUAAUAUGAGAGGUGAAUUUAAUGGGGUGCAGAAAUUGAUUCGUGAUGAAAAUCCUUAUGCUUUCUAUGUGCAUUGUUUUGCCCAUCAAUUACAAUUAGUGGUUGUUGCUGUUUCCACUUCUAGUGCAGACAUUACAGAUUUCUUUAACUAUGUUCCUUUAAUAGUCAGCAAUGUAGGUGCAUCUUGUAUGAGAAAAGAUGCCUUGCUUGCAAAGCAUCAGGAUGUGUUGCUAGAAAAGAUUGAGAAGGGUGAGAUUAUGACUGGAAAAGGUUUAAAUCAAGAAAGUAGCCUAGCUAGGCCAGGAGAUACAAGAUGGGGUUCACAUCUUAAAACUUUGCUUCGCAUUUUGGUGAUGUGGGAGGCUAUCAUAGAUGUGCUUGAGAUAGUGAAAAAAGAUUCUAUGAAACCAAGAAAUAAUGGUGGAGCUUUAGGUUUAAUUGAAAAAAUGGAGAGCUUUGAUUUUGUGUUCAUCCUGCAUUUGAUGAUACAAUUGUUGAGCAUGACAGAUAUUUUAUCACAAGCUUUGCAAAUGAAGGAUCAAGAAAUAGUUGAAGCAAUGCAUUUGAUCUCAGAUGUAAAAGAUAGCUUGCAGGAUAUGAGGGAAAAUGGAUGGGAGCCAUUACUCAAAAGAGUGAUAACAUUCUGUGAGAAGAAUGAGAUUGAAGUGCCAGAUAUGGAUAAGGAAAUAAAUGUUAGAGGGACACCUAGAAGAAGGAAGCAAAAGGUAACAAAUAUGCAUUACUAUCAUGUUGAGCUUUUUCUGGUCGCCAUUGAUGCCCUCUUGACUGAGAUGAAUCAUCGGUUCAGUGAAACUAGUUCAGAAUUAUUAGUAUGCAUGGCUGCUUUUAACCCAAGGGACUCCUCUAAUUUUGAUGUGAAGAAACUUGUGAGGCUUGCUGAAAUUUAUGCCGAUGAUUUUGAUAUUGGUGAACUUGCUGUUUUGCCAAAUCAUCUUACACAAUUUGUCAACCGUGCUAGAAGAACUCUAGACUUUCUUGGAUGCACUGAGCUUGGAAAAGUUGCUGAAAUUAUGGUCAAGACUAAAAUGCACAUAUCUUAUAAAUUGGUUUAUCGUCUCAUUGAGCUAAUCUUAAUACUACCAGUGGCAACAGCUUCAGUUGAGAGGAUAUUUUCAGCCUUGAACAUUAUAAAGACAGAUUUGCGCAAUAAAAUGGGUGAUGAAUGGCUCAAUGAUUUGAUGAUAUGUUAUACUGAGAAGGAGAUAUUUAGAAAGAUUGAUAAUGAAAAGAUCAAAAAACGAUUUCAAGAGAUGAAAAAGCGACGUAUGUUAUUGCCUAAAAAGGUAGUGGUUACUACUUCGGAGGAAUAA